GAUAACAGGUUUUGUUUUUUAGAAAAAAGUCUUAACUUUGGCCCAUAAUUAUUUAUUCGCGUAAAUCUACCUCCAAAUCCGAAAUGGACGAUCUCAAUCCCCUGGCCGGCACAGCCCAUCUCCUGGAAGAGGUUGACAAGAAGCUAAUGGUGCUGUUGCGGGAUGGACGGACGCUGAUUGGAUACCUGCGCUCGGUGGACCAGUUCGCCAACCUGGUGCUCCAGCGCACCAUCGAACGGAUACAUGUGGGCAACGAGUACGGCGACAUUCCACGUGGAGUCUUCAUCAUUCGCGGCGAGAAUGUGGUGCUGCUCGGCGAAAUUGAUCGCGAAAAGGAGCAAAAACUCCCGCUCAAAGAGAUAUCCGUGGACGAAAUCCUGGAUGCCCAGCGUCGCGAACAGGAGCAGCGGCAGGAGAAGCACCGCUUGGUGUCCAAAGCGCUGAAAGAGCGCGGACUGGCCGUUGACGCCAAUAUAAUCAACGAGGACUUCUGUUAGGAGUAGUACUAGAGUACUGCCUUUCGCAGAUAGAUUAAGCUCACAGAUUUUCGUCACUUUGUAUAUUUGUACUGCAUUAAAAAACUAUAUAUUAAAAACUA